UCCCCGUCAUGGCCCACAACGAACGCGCUGCUUUCCAGGCUGAGGUUGCCCGCGUAGAGCAAUGGUGGAAGGACCCCCGCUUUGCGCGCGUGAAGCGCCCCUACACCGCCGCGCAGGUGGUGUCGAAGAGAGGCACGCUCCCAAUCUCGUACCCCUCCAACGUCCUCGCGAAGAAGCUUUGGGCAUCUCUUGCCGACCAUUUCAGGAACGGCACACCGUCGCACACCUACGGAGCGCUUGACCCUGUGCAAGUCACGCAGAUGGCCAAGUACCUCGAGACCGUCUACGUCUCUGGCUGGCAGUCGUCCAGCACGGCAUCCAGCACACACGAGCCUGGCCCGGAUCUUGCUGACUACCCCUCCAACACUGUCCCCAACAAGGUUGAGCACCUUUUCAUGGCCCAGCUCUUCCACGACCGGAAACAGGCGGAGGCACGGUCAAACCUGUCCGAGUCGGAGCUCGCGCGCACGCCUGUGAUCGACUACCUCCGGCCGAUCAUCGCAGAUGCCGACACCGGCCACGGUGGUCUGACUGCCGUCAUGAAGCUCGCAAAGAUGUUCGUCGAGAAGGGCGCGGCGGGCAUUCACAUUGAGGACCAGGCACCUGGAACGAAGAAGUGCGGACACAUGGCAGGCAAGGUGCUCGUGCCAAUCUCGGAGCACAUCAACCGUCUUGUCGCCAUCCGUCUCCAGUUCGACAUCAUGGGCGUUGACAACCUUGUUAUUGCUCGUACCGACUCAGAGGCCGCGACGCUCAUCACGACCAACGUUGACGAGCGCGACCAUGCAUGGAUCCUUGGCUCGACCAACCCUGACCUCCGACCGCUCGUCACCGUCCUUGGCGAGGCCGAGCGCGCAGGCAAGACUGGCGAGGCGCUGGAGAAGGUCGAGGAGGAGUGGACGGCCGCCGCGAACAUUCAGCUGUUCGCUGUGACUCUGUCUAAUGCUCUCAAGGCGCAGACGAAUGCGUCUUCAAUCACGCUUGAACGCUUCCAGAAGCGCAUCGCACACCUCUCCUACCCCGACGCUGUCGCGGUUGCCAAGAAGGAGUUCGGCCUGAAGAAUGCGCCUUUCUGGGACUGGGACGCACCGCGGACGCGCGAGGGCUUCUACCGCUACCAGGGUGGCACGCAGUGCGCAGUCAAUCGUGCCGUUGCGUUCGCACCUUACGCCGACCUGCUCUGGAUGGAGACGAAAAAGCCGAUCCUUACGCAGGCGAAGGAGUUCGCGGAGGGGGUGCACGCUGUCUACCCGCAGCAGUGGCUCGCUUACAACUUGAGCCCGUCGUUCAACUGGGAGGCGGCCGGAUUGAAUUCCGAGGACAUGCGCUCGUACGUGUGGGAGCUCGCCAAGCUCGGCUUCUGCUGGCAGUUCAUUACGCUCGCGGGUCUGCAUUCGGACGCGUACAUCAGCGACCUCUUUGCUCGGGCGUUCGCGACGGAGGGCAUGAAGGCCUACGUCGAGCUCAUUCAACGGCGCGAGCGGGAGAUUGGCUGCGAUGUCCUCACUCACCAGAAGUGGAGCGGUGCCGAUUACAUGGACAACCUCAUGAAGACUGUCACCGGCGGCGUCUCCUCGACGUCGGCCAUGGGCAAGGGCGUGACGGAGGCGCAGUUCACUCAGCCGGCGAAGUCGAGGCUGUGAUGGUCGGAUGCUUUUGGAAGGAUGCGGACGUUUCGUUAGGCUCGUGUUCUUGUUUCUGGCGUGAUGCCGUCCUUGUCGCUGUAUCGCUGUAUUUCAUACUGUAAAAAGAAUUGACAUCCUAUGGAU